AUGCCUCUUAAUCUCUUCAUGGCUACCUUUGAUGUCUGUCAGGAAGGGGAAACAGGAGUGAUCAACCUACCCGACGACGACCCUGAUGCAAUCAAAAUCAUGGUGCAGCAUGUUUACGGAAAACGCCUCAAAACCUGCAAAACGACUAUAAAAGAUAACUGUGACGAUUGUCGUGCCCGAUUGAGUUUGGAAGUCUAUGCCGUUGCCGACAAAUACUUGAUCCCCUCACUCGCCGUGAGCGCGAGAAAUGAGUUCAAAGCCUGGGCUGCCACCGAGAUGGGCACAAAACCUGGGCGCGCGUCGUGGAUGAGAUCUGGGAAGGACAUGGAUAUUCUGGCCUCUAUCCUGCCAUCGAGACGCUGA